AACUGUAAUUCGAGAUACUUUCGCGCUGACACUUACAGAGCCGCGAGCGUUAACGUCAAAAGUUCGCGAUUGACAUUCGGUUGGGCUUUUCAUGGGCCGGCUCUCGUUUAACCCUUCGAUCCUGCGAAGUUUACGUUUUUGAUAGUGGAAAAAGUGAACUUUUUGAUUUUUAAAAUUCUAUAAGUCAGAGAAAAACGUGUGCUUGGACGUUAUUUUUUACGUUUGUUUAGGGGAUUAUUUUGCAAACGGUUUCUGCUGAAGCUAAUCCUUGUAAAUGGCAUGACAGUUUAGAUGAGAAAUGUUGCCUGACACAGAGGCAAACAUUGAAAAUAUGGCUGAAGGAGAUGACAAUCAACCUGCUAUUGAUGGAGGAGUUGCAAAUGAAUCUGCUGAUUCAAGAGUAGCUCAAGGUGAAGGUCUCGAUGAAGGAACUACAGAGUCAAGUAGUUUCUUGGGGCCAUGUCAAGAACUGUUAUUGACUCAUGGUUUGGGUCUAGGUGAAGGCAGUGAUGGAGCUAGUGUUCAUACUUCUAGCACCAUUGCAUCAGGUCAUGAAUCCAAUUCUAGUAGAGUCAGCAUAAUAACAACUGUGCUUCCUUGGGGUGCUCAAAAAGAAACAAUAAAACCUCAACAAGUUGAAGAAAUGGAUUUACGACCAGGAGAGUAUGUGAUGAGAUCACUUUUUGCAGAUUUUACAACUCAGGCAGAGAAAAAAAUGGAGGCUGUUAUGACUGAAGUGGAAAAACCUCUCUCAAAAGUAUUACAAAGAGGUGAAGAUACUCAAUUCGACCAGUUGCUAUCAGCUUUUGGAACUGUUGCUGAACAUUGUCUACCCUCUAUAUUACGUGCUCUCUUUAAUUGGUAUGAACGUCAACUCGCAGACCAUGGAAUUGAUCAGAAGAAACUUGGUGUUGUAAAAGAAGAUCAGAGAGGAAAAGGAAUAAUGUAUACAAUUGUGUCAGGAAAUGUAGAACCAGUAGAAAAAAGUGAAUCAGAUCUACUUCAAGAAAGAAGAGAUAUGGCUGUGGAAUUUAUAUUUUGUUUAGUAUUAAUUGAAGUUUUGAAGCAGUUACCUUUUCAUCCAGGACAUGAAGAUUUAGUUACCUACAUCGAAAACAUUUCUUUUAAGCAUUUUAAAUAUAGAGAAGGGAUUCAAAAUGAACCAAAUGCAGCAAACAUCCAUAUUAUAGCAGAUUUAUAUGCUGAAGUAAUUGGUGUUCUUGCUCAAUCUAGGUUCAUGUCUGUUCGUAAACGUUUCAUGGUAGAACUUAAAGAAUUACGAGCUAAAGAGCCAGGACCACAUACCACUCAGAGCAUAAUUUCGUUACUCAUGGGUAUGAAAUUCUUCAGAGUUAAGAUGGUACCUAUUGAAGAAUUUGAAGCAUCUUUUCAAUUUAUGCAAGAAUGUGCUCAGUAUUUUUUAGAAGUCAAGGAUAAAGAUGUAAAGCAUGCCCUUGCAGGAUUAUUCGUUGAAAUCUUAGUGCCAGUUGCAGCUGCUGUAAAGAAUGAAGUCAAUGUUCCUUGUCUGAAAAAUUUCGUUGAAAUGUUGUACUCUACUACAUUGGAUAUGUGCACGAAAAACAAGCAUCGUCUUGCUAUCUUUCCUCUAGUUACUUGUUUACUUUGUGUCAGUCAAAAGACAUUUUUCUUACAAUCCUGGCAUACCUUUUUAGCGAUGUGUCUAUCUCAUUUGAAAAAUCGCGACCCAAAAAUGUGUCGAGUCGCUCUUGAGGCGUUAUAUCGACUACUGUGGGUUUAUAUGAUUCGAAUCAAGUGCGAAAGCAAUUCUGCCACGCAAAGCCGUCUGCAAAGUAUCGUCAAUUCACUCUUUCCGAAGGGCUCCAAAGCGGUUGUGCCGCGUGACACGCCGCUCAACAUAUUCGUCAAAAUCAUACAAUUCAUAGCCCAAGAAAGAUUAGAUUUUGCUAUGCGCGAAAUCGUUUUCGAUCUUCUGUCUGUUGGCAGGGCGUUCAAAAUCAUUUUGACACCGGAGCGCAUGAGCAUCGGCUUGCGAGCUUUUCUCGUCGUCGCCGACAGUCUUCAGCAGAAAGAGGGCGAACCACCGAUGCCCAGGACAAUGGGUGUAUUGCCCAGUGGUAAUACGAUGCGCGUUAAAAAGACGUAUCUUAACAAAAUGUUGACCGAAGAUACAGCCCGAAGUAUUGGCAUAUCAUCCUACUACCCACAUGUGCGUCGGGUCUUCGUGGAUAUCUUACGAGCCCUCGACACGCAUUACGGUCGCCCGUUGAUGAUGACCAAUACGCAAAAUUUGAACAAAGAACCGGACGAGAUGCUCUCUGGCGAACGCAAGCCUCGUAUCGAUCUGUUUCGUACUUGCGUGGCAGCGGUUCCUCGACUUAUACCCGAUGGCAUGACCGGUGCCGAGUUGGUCGACAUGCUGGCACGACUCACGGUUCACGUCGACGAAGAACUCCGGGCUCUGGCCUACCAGAGCUUGCAGACUCUCGUACUCGAUUUCCCAGACUGGCGCCAGGACGUGAUACUCGGAUUUACGCAGUUUCUCGUUCGCGACGUGCAGGAUACAUUUAGUCAGUUACUGGACAACGGCCUGCGAAUGCUUUUGCAGCUGCUCACCUGUUGGCGAAACGCUCUUGCCAAUCCUAGCGCAAAGGCCAAGGAGCAGCAAGUGGAUCCUCGUUUGGUUGGUCGAGGCGGUAUGAACGACACCAGCGCGAUGAACGGCCCCGGACACAAACGGCCCGACGGUCAGAAAGUCGAGCCGAUAACGGGCGUGUUUCAUCUAGUCGAAGGCUUUGCUCUAGUUAUGUUGUGCAAUUGUCGACUUUAUCCGCGCAGACUGUCCGUCCACAUUUUACGAGAAAUCAAACUACUGCUCAAGACUUUCGCUAGCUUGGAAGACGAUCAGCCAGUGAUCGACGUGAUCGAUGCAUGUUGUCCUGAAGUCCUGGAAAAAUAUAAUCACAUGCUAUCACCGGCAGAAAGAGCUGCGGCCGCGUCGACGCCCAAUGUCGAUUUACAAUGGAUCGCCGACCGAAGUAGCUGCGUAUGGACGGCCGGAUUUCACGAUGAAAAUAGUACAAAAAGCUCGUCUUUGUUGAAUCUAAACGGAACCGAUCCUUGGAGUAGUUGUUUGUUUGCAUUUUUGGAGAAAGAUAGAGUAUUGACUCUUUGUCCGAAUGCGAUCCAACACUCCUGGCCAAUUGUAUUCAACAGAAUCAACUCUCUAGUGACUGUAGUUGAUCCUACACCCGUUAAUGAUAAUAGAGCCUCGCUCCUGCGCAGCUCGACGGCGCCUCGCAAGCCUGUGAACGAGAGAGACGUUUACAUGCACGUCUGGAAGAAUUAUCUGACCUUCGGUUUCCGAGUUGUACCUGCGAUUCCAAGUCCGGUUAUACGUUGCGCUAGCCCAGAUCUCAGUCUAAGCGGUCAGCAUACGGUGGAUUUUGGUAUUACAUGCAUGAGUAAGGAGUUGAGUCAAAGCCUGGAGAAUCUCGGCGGGGCCCAGACCCUGCCGGGCCGUUUUUCCGUGCCGUCCAUAUCUGGCAUCUACACCAGGCAUAAGAGAACCAGUUCCUCACCGGACAGCCUGUCUGCCGAGCGGGGCGACAACAAGUCACCCGGGACCAACGCCAGCCCCACAGCUCUGUACAAGCUGACGGUGCAGCUGCUUAAAUGCGAGACCAUCGACGUACGAGAUGCCGCCGUGAACGCCAUCGGGAAAGUGAAUUCCGAUGCCUUGAAAGAUCUGAUGGAGGAGCUCGUGCCGUACAUCAGAGAGGCCGUCGACAGGAAGCAGGAAAAUAUGCGCCGGCGAAGGAGACGCGACGCGCUGCGAUUACAAUUGGUCCGCGUGCUCGAGCUCAUAGCCGAGUACGGCACGUUCGGAAUUUGCCCAGCGGUGCUCGAUCGUGAAACACAAUCGCUGCAUCCGACCUUCGUCGAGUACAUCGACGGCGCCCGGCUGUAUCUGGAAAACGAAUCGGACAAAGAAGCGCCGGCCGUGCGCGAUAUUAAGUUGCAUUUUUGCAAUUUUAUCAGCAAAAUGCUCAAAAGUUUUUCAUUGGAAACUUGUCACGCGUUGCUGAAACGCGACCUGCGACGGAAUCUGUUCGCUCUGUUCGCCACCUGGGCCGGCCCGUACGGCAAACCCCUGACCAACGUCAAUCUCUCCAGCGAGGAGGAGAAGAAGUGCACCGAAUUGCAACUUUCGGCUCUGCAAGCCAUGAGCGGCUUGCUCUGCUGCGGUGCCUGCUUCAAUCCGCCGAGCCUGUCCGAGGAGGGCUCGAUACUCUAUCAGUGGCUGGAUCUGUUGCUCGCGAGCAAGGACGAGAAGAUAUACACGCUGGCGAGGGAGACGGUGGUGCUGUUGCUCGAGGGCAAUUCGGACAUAGGCGCGCUUCUCGACUGGGUGGUCGACCGUUGCUACACCGGAUCGCCCCAGGUCGCCGACGGAUGCUUCCUAGCGCUCGCCACUAUCUUCAGCGCUCGCGAAUAUCCGUGCGACCAUUACACGAGCAUAAUCAACGUGACCCUCAUGAAUACGGGAUGCCCGAGAGCAGCCGUGCAGGAUGCGGCUCUUCAACUGUUGCAGCUUCUCGAUCAGCGCUUCUUCGGCAACGUUCGAUCUUUACCCGCUUCCGAUGCAGAUAUCGGAACUACUCAAGAGGAGCAGCAGCAGAAUGCAUCUAGCACUGCGAGUGCAUCCGCAACGGCGACGACGAGCCAUUCCACGACUACCAUCGCCGCGCAGGCAACGUCGACGCCGAACCAUUCCAUGACUUUCCUGACUACCUCGACGACAGUAGUACAGUCCAACAAUGGUCAGCCACAGCAGCAAUAUCAUCAUCAAGCGCAAUAUCAACAGCAGCAGCAGCAGGCAAAAGACGUAACCACCCUCGACGCUCUGCUAUCGGCGACCUAUUGCCGCAGCCAGAAGUACUUAUCGCGACAGCUGGCGCAAUUACACCCCGAGUUAACGAUGCCCAUGUUCAGCGAAGUCACCUAUAGAUUUCAAACGGCCAGGCGAGAGGUACGCCAGCUAUUGCUGCAAUAUUUACUGCCUUGGCUGCACAACAUGGAGCUCGUCGAUCCCAACGUGCCACCCUGCUCAAAUCCCUUGAGUUACUUCCAGCCCUUGGAUCUGCUCGAAAAUCGAAAGCACGGGUCUAACAUGAUUCGCAGCGGCCCGCGUCGAGAGGGCUGGGGAAGCGUAGAAGCUACCGAGAUGGUCCUCAACAAUCUCUUCUACAUAACUGCAAAGUUCUCCGACGAGCACCCAAAAGAGACCGAGGAGCUGUGGGCCACGCUGUGCGGCUGCUGGCCGAACAAUCUCAAAAUCAUCAUACGCUAUCUUAUUAUCGUGUCAGGUAUGGCGCCCACCGAGCUUCUGCCCUACGCGAAACGAGUGGUUUUGUACUUGGCUCGCGCCCGACCCGAUCGCCUCGUCGACGAGAUGAUGUCCGAGCUGCAGACCGUCGAGACCCUGAACUGCCUGAUCGAGCGCACCGAGACACCGCCGUUCUAUCGGCUGACGAGUAUGCGCAAGGCCUCGUCGCACAGCGACGCCCCCGCCGCGGAUUCGGGAAAUCCCACCAAGGAUCUCACCGUGGAAAAGGGCACGAUACACACGAAACGCCACUCCGGCGAAGAUCCCAUCAAGAGCGGAUCGAAGUCGGAGCCGCUGAGAUCGCUGUCGGGCUGUUACUCGGGCAACAAGGCCAGAAACCACGUGGGCGGAGGAGCGAAUCUGCUAUCGGAUGAAGUAACGAAUCCCAUCGCCGAGUCCGAGUUUCUCGACUUUCAGCUGACGACCGAGGACGCCUACUACAUUCGCAACGUGCCCGUUUCGUUCAACAACAACACCGGCCACAACAACAAGUCCGCGACGACGAACAGCUGCGACAAGCCAGGGCUGAUGGAGCUGCCGCAGCCGCAUCCGCUGCCGAUGCCGGAAUACGGCGGCUACUUCGCCCCGCUCACGGAGUACCUACCCGACAGCUCGCAGCCCAUCAGCGGCUUUCACAGGUGCAACAUCGCCGUGAUGCUGCUGACGGACGUCGUCGUGGAUGGAAUACAGCUGGACUGGGCCAUACACGUGCCGCUCAUGCUGCACAUAGUCUUCCUCGGCCUGGAUCACUCGAGACCGCUGGUGCGCGACCAUUGCCGACUGCUGCUUUUGAAUAUGCUCAUUACCCUCGGAGAUCAUCGGGAUCACUUGGGGGUGGCGCGAGUUUUAUUGUCCACCAAGACGGAGCUGCUUGGACUGGGCCUGACCAUGCCGCCGCUACCCGUUUACGAGCACAAUUUCACCGAGGUCGAUGUCGAGUUCGACAGUUAUCUUUACGGGCCUACCACGUCCGCGACGACCACGACGUCCUCCACUCAGUCGUCGACGUUGACGCAAGCUUCGAAUAGUGGCAGCGUGGUCGUUUCAUCCGCGAAUCGCCACCACUCGCCGACUCGAUCGCAGUCGCCUCCUCCACCCACGUCGCAUCCAUCGUCGCCGUUCGCGAGCUCGCCACCGACGCCACCUCCUCUACCUCCACCCAUGCCUUCUACGGCGCUGGUACCUCCGACCUCGGAAGCAUCGUCGCCGACCCUGUCGAGCUCGAUCUCGUCCUCGUCGAAUAAUCCUAGUCCGGCGCACUCCCCCGUCAAUAAUAUACCUCGGAUUCAAAGUACACCUCCGGCUGUUUCGAGUAAUGACGGCAAGAAUACGACCUCGCCUGUUUUGGCCCUGAUCAUUCAAACAUGUUCAAAAUCUAAGAAACAUGUACAAGAUCUUUUUAAAAAUUAUAAUAACGAAUCAUUGACUCAAGUAGCCGCAGCAAAUCAGAGUGGAAAUUGGAGCAACACGAGCAGUCAACGAACUGCGACAACGAAAACCGCACCUCUGCCGGUCAUCGUGACACCGGAAGACGGAGCCAACUGGACCAGUCCGAAGCCCGGACCCAAUAUGCAGAUCCAAGACGUUAUAAAAUCCUUGAUAAAUUUCCUCGCGUCUAGGAGCCAACCUCUGUGGAACUACGAAGAUAUGACCGCCAAAGUCUGGUGGGUGCGCAGCGCCGAGCAACUGACCACACUGCUGCGUCACGUGUUGCGAGUCUUCCGCGACUCGCUGCCACACGCCCUGGUCAGUCAGCGAUGGGCCCAGACGGCCCUGCAGCUUGGCCUGUCCUGCUCGUCACGACACUACGCCGGCAGAUCGCUGCAAGUUUUUCGCGCCCUGAAAGUUCCAAUCACUUCCCGAAUGCUAUCGGAUAUACUGUCGAGAUUGGUGGAGACGGUUGCCGAGCAGGGCGAGGACAUGCAGGGCUACGUGACGGAGCUCCUGCUCACCCUCGAGGCUGCCGUGGACUCGCUCGAGUCGGACUUCCGUCCGCUGGACUUCAUGAAGGAGAUCUUUAAGUCGACCCCGAAUCUCAACAACAAAGACGCGGCUCUGGCCAAGAGAAGCUCGGCCGGACCGAUGGGCUAUCCUAAUCAAGGGCCACAAAUGUACACCCAGCUGAAUCAGCCGGGUCACAUGCGUAGUACUAGUUAUUCGGUGAGCUACUCGUCGAGAAAGUCCGCCGCAGCGGCCACGGCCGCCGUCGAAGCCAAGGAGAUGGAAAAAUCCGGGUGCGUCAUGACGACGAACACGAGCUUGUCAAGGUCGCGUUCGGCUCAAUCCUUGAAAUUGUUGGGCGACUCGGCGACGCAGGACGACAAAAUGACCAUCUUGGCGCAGCUAUUCUGGCUGUCGGUGUCUCUGCUCGAGUCCGAUUACGAGCACGAAUUUUUGCUGGCUUUGCGUUUGCUCGAUCGAGUCCUGCAUAGAUUGCCUCUGGACAGGCCAGAUGCCAGAGAUAAGGUGGAAAAAUUGCAGCAGCAGCUCAAGUGGAAUACGUUCCCGGGCGUUCAUGCGUUGCUACUAAAGGGGUGCACUAGUCCAAAUACUUACGAACAAGUAGUGACACUCCUAUCUCAGUUCACACUGUUACUCGAUUUGCCUGUUGUCGAUCCGACGCAGAGCUUAGCCUUCCCUAUGAAUGUCGUCUCUCUGUUGCCGUACAUGCUGCUAAAUUAUGAGGACGCCAACGAGCUCUGCAUAAGAAGUGCAGAAAAUAUAGCACAGAUAAGCGCGGAAAAGGGCAAGAAGUUGGAAAACCUUGGUACAGUUAUGACCCUGUAUAGUAGGCGAACGUUCAGCAAAGAGAGCUUCCAGUGGACCAAGUGCGUGGUGAAAUAUCUCUACGAUACUUACGCUCAUUUGAGCUUCAAUAUGUUGUCCUUCCUUGUCGAAGUUUUGGAAAAGGGGCCGGCCAAUGUGACGGUACCUGUGUUGAGUAUAAUACACUGUAUGCUGCAUUACGUUGACAUCACGACUCAGGCCGCUCAACCGACGAGCGUAGAGCUGCUGAGGGUAGUUUCGAAACACGUCGAGGGUCCUCAUUGGAGAGAAGCUUUGAAAAUAUUGAAGCUCGUUGUGACUAGAUCAUCCACUCUUAGCGCUCCACCGACGACAGUUCACGCGACCCACUGGGAACUUUCGAUAUCCUCGCCGCAUCCGAGUUUCAACGACAACGAGUUAUUCAGCAAAAAAGAACUUCCUGGUCGGACAAUGGAUUUUACGUUCGAUUUAUCCCAAACGCCCGUUAUUGGAAAACGCUGGUUAACUCGGCAAAUAAACGAGGAUAAAAAUGCUACGUCGCCUCGCCGAUCAAUUUCUUUAUCACCCGCUGACAAUGGACCAAUUUCCGGAUGGAAGAGACCGUGGAUGUCACAAGGGAGAGUGAGAGAGUGCUUGGUUAAUUUGUUAACUACUUGUGGACAAAGGGUUGGACUACCAAAGAGCCCGUCGGUAAUAUUUAGUCAAAGUUCAGAUCUGAUGGAAAGACAAUCAUCUAUGGCAUCUUCGACGGAAGAAGUGUCGGGAGCAAAUAACGACUUAAGCGGAGGAUCGCGUCGCGAUGACGAACAAUUCGGAGUAUUCAAAGACUUCGACUUUUUGGAAUACGAAAGUGAGAGUGUUGAGGGUGAAAGUACAGAUAACUUCAACUGGGGUGUCAGACGUAGACCUCUUGGCGAAGGUGAAGAACGGGAAUCAAGCCUUCGGACGCUGGAAGAGAGUCUCAGUGAAAAGACUGUAUCCUCAGCUAAACAAUCUUUGCGGCGCGGUCUCACUGAGGAAUCAUCCGACGAAGAAGUUGGAUCAGAAUCUCCAUUGGAAGAAUCACCAAGUCCCGGCCAAGGGCAAGAAACCAAUAAUCUUGCUGGUAUCUAUCAUCUACCAUCUUCACUGUCUCUCAUGCCUGAACGAAGUCGUAAUGACUCGUUCACGCGGUCCGAUACAUCGGGGUCAAGUAUGGGCGACGAGACUCCUUGCAAUAAUUCGCCGAAUUUGUCAGCUCUGAUGCCAUUCAGACAGAUACGCGAUGACGUAGAAGAAAUUUGGAGGCAGCAAAUACAGAAUCUCAGUACUCAGCCGUCGUUCAAACCUUUAGAAACGUUUCAACUCAUUGGGAAAAUUCUAAGGGAUGUGACGAGCAAGAGUAUAAGUCUGACACGCGAAUCAAUUUCAUUGUUGUCGAGCAUCAGCGGCAGCAGCGCCGCAUCGUCUCAAUUGGCUUCGCAUCUGUCGAGCCACGUUGAAUUGUUGAUCUCUCGGGCUGAAGCACCGAUUGUUUGGUUCUCGCCCCAAGCUUUCGAAGGCAACGAAGGUAAACGACUGCACGAGACCCUACGUUUUGGUUUACUCGAGGUGCAGGAACAUCUCGAUUCUUUCCUCGAUCGCAAAGAAUCCGUAAAUGAAUGUAUCGAGUCCCUACGUGCCGCAGUGAAAAUGAAUGCUUUGCAGAUAGCAUCGAGCGAGGCAAUUUCCCAGCAAGUAGUCGUAAAUACGGUUGAUGAUAGCACGCUCGAAGAAUUUAAAUUGGAUCUUGGUCGUGCUUUGUACAAGCUGCACUUCCAGCUUUUGAUGCUUCACGAGGCCUCGAACAAGAUGCACGUGGCUCUGAGCAGCGCGGCCAAAAAUCCAACUUUUGCAUUGCUCGAUAUGUCGGCAGAAAUUGCCAGUAUGAGACAAUCGCUCGCGAGAUCUUUAGAAAUUGACGAUGUGGAAAGUGAUAGAGGCUCGCCGGAGCGCAGUUCAAGUCCUGCACCAGAAUCUGGCUCCCAUGACGAAUUAGUAAAAAUAGCAGAAUACUUAAAAGCCGCCAAAUGGUCAUUGGCUCUUGAAAAAAUUCGGGAGCAAAGGCCACAAUGGUCGAUCGAUUCAUAUCAUGACGAUGACGACGUUACCACGGCAGUUAACAUGUUUUGCAAAUAUUUAGGCCAGGAUAGAGCUGAUAUUUUUGUAAUAACGAGGAACGAUGAUGACGCUAACGAAACUUUCGCCAGACUGACGGAUAGCGUGCUUCGAGUCAUGUCCGCCGUAACGAGCUUGGAGCAUUACUCAAAAUCUCUCAAGAUUCAAAAUGAACAAAAUAAUCUCGCAAAAGUAGACUGCUAAUAAGAACAAUUUUUUAGAUCAUAGUCGUUUGAAUUUUUGGGGAUAUACCUAUAUAGUGAUUAUGUUCUUUUUUAUUCAUGUUGAAGUGAUUUUAAUGUGUAUAAAUGCAAUUUUAUCAUCUAAACUAAUGAAUCAUAUUGAUAACAAAUUUAAUAAAAAUUACCUUUUUUAAAAA